CAACUCGACUCAAAUAUGGCCAACCCUCCUCCAUCGUGGUCUCUAGGAAAUAACCUCCCCCUCCCGCCCCACACUGUCCCACAACUCAUCCCCCCCAUCCCCGGCUCUUCUUCCUCCUACCCCUCCACUACUACUACUAACCCAUCCUCAAUCUCGGUCCCGCCACCACCGGUUAUCCCUCUACACAUCCCUCCGGAACAACUCCCUGCUUGGUUCGCGCAGCAUUAUCCACACCUUCCGCCGCCGCCGCCUCCACCGGUUAGUGUGGGGACAUAUCCGACUUUGGAGCAGAGUUUCGUGUCGGCUACGGUGCCUUAUAGUUCCAGCUUACCGCCGCCGCCGCCGCCUUUGUGUUACGCGCAAGCUGCCGGGGGUGUUGUCAUGCCUGCUUUCCAACCGGCGUUCACGGCCGUAAAUGCCAAAAAGACCAUAUCGAAACCCAAGCCUGGUAAUGUCGUCUCCUUACCUACUACCCAGGCCUCCUCGCCCCCUUCAGCAGGCAAAACCGAAUGGCCCGAAUCCCUAAAAGCUUUCGUCAACCGCGCCUUUUCCGAAUGCCCAGAUGAUUUGAAGCAUGUACUCGAGCGCGAAGUAAAGGAUAUUGUUACCUCAGCAUUCGAACAGAAUAUCGUUUGGACGACAAAUUGGGAUUUGAAGACUGUUCCAUGCUUGGAAGGGAGAAAAAAGAAAGAUGCAGACAAGAAGAGGAAGAAGGGACAAAAUAUGAACGACAAGAGUAUCGGGCUAAUGAAUCCAGGCGAACGCGACAGACGCGAAAAACGUGCUCGGAGAUUCGAAGAAGAAGCCGCCGCCGAACGCGCAAAAACCGCCGCUGCAGUCCCUCCUCCUCCCACCGCCACAGACUACGAAGCCGAUGGCAUCGACUGGGACCAGCACACCAUCAUCGGCUACUCCACCACCCUCGAAAAGAAGUAUCUCCGCCUUACCUCCGCACCGGACCCUUCCACCGUCCGCCCCCUCCACAUCCUGAAAGACGCGCUCGAAUUGGUAAAAGCAAAGUGGCGCAAAGACAAUAACUACUCAUAUGUAUGCGAUCAGUUUAAGAGUAUGCGACAAGAUUUGACUGUGCAGCGGAUUCGGAAUGGGUUUAGCGUGAGUGUGUAUGAGACGCAUGCGAGGAUUGCGCUUGAGAAGGGGGAUCUGGGGGAGUAUAAUCAGUGUCAGACGCAGCUUCAGCAAUUGUACGCACUUGGUAUCGACGGGCACCCGACAGAGUUUUUGGCGUACCGGAUCUUGUACUUUUUGUAUGCCCGCAGCCGGACGGAGGUCAAUGAUGUCCUCACACGGCUCACGGAGGAGGAUAAGAAGGAUCCGAACGUGCGACAUGCACUUGGUGUUAGGAAAGCGUUGACGAGUGGGAAUUAUCGCAAAUUGUUCAGAUUGUAUAUGGAUGUUCCGAACAUGGGCGCAUACCUUAUGGAUAACUUUGUUGAGCGGGAACGAGUACGAGCAUUGUGUGUUAUGGCUAAAUCAUAUCGCCCUACGCUUGAUGUGAGGUUCAUUACGGAAGAACUUGGGUUCGAGAAUGAUGUCGAGACUGUACAGUUUUUGGAGGCGCAAGGCGUUCAACAACAAAUCCUUCGGGAAGGUGCCAAUGCUGGGAAGUGGAGGGUGCAGAUGAGGGAGAGUAUGCAGCCGCUGGAGAAUGCGAGGGCGCGGGCGUUCAAGGUUGUCGACAUUAAGGGUCAAAUUUGA